GUCCCAUGCCGGUCGACGUGGAGAUCGUGGAAGAAGCCCCUGCUAAGCAGAGCUAUGCUGGUGACAUGAAGAGCUUCUUGAGUCUGACAUGGCCUCUCCUCCUCGGGAACAUGUUGGAGUGGUACGAGUUUGGCAUCUAUGGCUACGUGGAGAAGGAGAUCGCCGAAAACUUCUUCGAUGGCUCAUCUGAAGAUGCCUGGCUUGGCUUUGCCAUCACCUUUGUGGCCCGACCGAUGGGAGGCUUUCUCUUGGGCUAUAUCGCCGACAAUUGCGGCCGCAAGCUUUCUGUCCUUAUCUCUCUAGGUGGCAUGAUAUUGGCAACUGUGGGCCAAGGUUUGCUUCCAGGUAAAUACUUUGGAGCUGACGCUCGCCACUUCGGCUUGGGAGGACUGGUAUGUUGUCGCGUGCUGCAAGGGAUCUCUGCAGGCGGCGAGAUUGGCGCUGUGUCGGCCUACUUGGUGGAGGUCUCGCCCAUCAAAACCCUGGGCAUGGCGGUCUGCAUGAUUUCCGUGGGCAGCCAGAUUGCUUGGGCAUUUGCCAGUCUGCUAGUGGCGCUGUUAAGCAGCGCCCUUACGCACCAGCAGAUGCUGGAGUGGGGCUGGCGCAUCCCUUUCCUGCUUGCAGCCAUACCUGGCAUCAUAUCCGUGGUGGGCCGAAAGAGGAUCCCAGAAACCGAGACCUUCUUGGAGAUCGCAGCAGAAGGCGCAACAUCCAAAAGCGGCUUUGGUUUUGUGGAGCUGAUCAAG